AGUAAGCUAGCCAGCAUGCCUAGGGAACCACAUCAACCCAACCCCAUCUUACACGAUGAGCCUACCAUUUUGCAGUAUGCAAGGUUCCAUGGUAUCGCUAAGAAAUUUACUUCUCAAUAUCCUCUGGACCCGGACCUCAUCCCUACAGCGCCUAUAUUCCUCUCCGAAGGCCUCCUAGACCCAGUCGGCGCAGUGUCUUUAGAGUUGCCGCGCAAUUUUCGGAUCGAAGAGCGCCUGUGUGUCAAUGAAGCGACACUGGCGUUUUUGCAAUCAACAUGUUCUGUACCCAAGCUCCACGCGGAAAAAGAUCCAUUUAUGGCGCGACUGAACCGAGUUCGAAACUUUAAGGCAGAGUUGCCCAUUCUGAGUUCAGACAAUGAAAUGGAUAUGAAGAGGUUUCUGAAGCAGCCAGUGGUGGAUUUGGGCGACACUGAAAUCCAACCUGAGCAUGUUGACGAAGAGAAGGAUGAGGGAAUGGCUUGGCCGACCAAGUGCGAGACCCUUCCGGCAGAUUACGACAAGCAAGUGGCUUCUGAGAAAUUGCAAGUGUCGAGAAAUAUCCUUCUCUACCUGCAAAAUACACUCAAGUGCAACAUGACGCCAGAGGAAAUAGAGACCACUAUUGAAGCUGAAGUCGCACAUGAAAAACGACAAGAUUAUCAACCAAUCACGCCUCCUCUACUUCCGAUGUCGCCUUUGUUGAACAGUUUUGCCGAUCCCAAAUCGUCUUCACCAACAUGCCACUUAGAGCUCCUAUCUGAUUUGACUGACUCCACAGCUAUCGAGGCAGCAGCACUGGAAGCGGAGUUGAUGAAGCAGGACUCUAUAGUGGCUUGUGACAAGCCAGCUCAACACGCAUCUAGCGAUGACUCGAUCACGCUCGGAGAAAUCGACACUUUCAGGGAGUACAGUCCAUUGUACACCAUAUCUGAUCCUCCUGUCUCGUCCCCCUUGAAAAGAACUGCAGAGGACCUUAAAGUCGAAGUUCCUUUAACUCCACCAACGGUAUUACAGUAUCCAAAUAAGAAGAUGAAGAUUGUAUCUUUCUCAGAUGACCUACACGAAUAUGUCCCGGAGCUCCCGUCUACUUUUGAGAAUGGAGAUGAUGUACUUGACUCGCAAAACAGUUUCGAUGCAUUCUUCGCAGAAGAAAUAGAGCCAAUCGCAGAUGAUGUACUUCGGCAGGCCGAGCAGGAACAACUGCAGGAAGUCGAUACUACCCACCGGGUCGAUGUUCCUGUCAUGGAUUUCUCUCUUCCACCUGCUCCGUGGGAUACUUACAGCCGGAAAGUGGGAUACGGCCACGGGCGAACUGAGACAGAGCUUGAUGUGCAGAAACAACUCCUUUCCAGAUGUGCGAAAGAGGAACUGAAGCUUGCACCCGUAUGGCGUGGCGUAUCAAAGCUCGAUACUGAGCUUCACUGGAGCCCAUUCCCACCCCAACUUGCAAAAGUCGCGCCAAAUGAAACGCUCCAGGAUGAUGACGCUCUGGAGAAGAUGGUAAGUAAAAUUAUCCUGGGCGAGACGGUCGACGUCGACCUGCUCGUGUGGAAACCUGAUGGACUGCGUAUCCUUGACGAGUCGAGCGAUGACGAAGAAGAGCUGGAACCAGCAAAUUUCACGGAGAGAAAUGACAUAACGAGUUUGGUGCGUAAACGGCAGUUGGAGAUGCUUGAUGAAGAAGAUAGAUCAGUGACGAGGCCGAAAAUGUUCGGAGAUUUUGUUUCAGCUACUGCUCUGAUGAAGCAGCGUCAACAGGUGGAAGAGAGAGCGCGUCGGGCACAACAGAACAACAUGCCAAAGACCACAGACAGCACUCCUCUAACGUCAAACAUUCUAGAUGGUGGACUGGCGCUCGGCGGCAUGUUCUCUACUUCCUCGGCUGUGUCCAAGUUUAUGGAUCUUCAAAAUGGAAUAGCAUCAACAGUCAACCCUCUGGAAAAUCCAGGGACUUUGGAUACCAGUGAAGAAAACCUGAGGUCUUAUGGUCGACAAGAUGAACGGAAAGCACCCAACGAAGAGAUGCUGCCCCCUCCAGCAGCAGCUGAUGAGACUCACACAGCUGCCUUACCCGGACCACCCAUUCCAUCCACUCUACCCGCUCAAACAUUUAUCAUAUCUUCAGCAAUUGUGAGCAGCCAACGAAACCUUUUGCGCCACAUUGAGAUGCUGUACCCAAACAUAGACCUCAUUGAGCGCGAUUCCGGAAACGCAAACGCGCGCUUCCCUGAAGCCGACAUCAUUGUCUCGCGCGCCACAGGCCUGCUGAUCACCACGCUCCAGAAGAUCAAGCAACGCCCGCUACCGGGACAAGUGCAAAUAAGCGGGAUCAAGGAGAGAGUAGCCAGAGUAUCGGGUAGAUACGAAAGAGUCGUAGUUCUCGUCAGUGAAGGGCGAAUCGAGACAGCAGCUGGCUUCCCAGCCAUUUCCAGCAGCGGAAGCAGCACAGCGUACGGGGCGCUGGACCAGCGCGACUGCGAAGCCUUCGCGGCAUUCGCAGCCUUCGCAGCGAGCCUCGACGCCGACAUCAACGUCUGGUACAUCGCGGGCGGCGACGCGGAGCUCGCGCGCUGGGUCGUCGGCCUCAUGGCGCAGUACGGG